AUGUGCCUGGGCGAUUUACACCACAGACGCCUCACUUCUGGCCGACCAUUUCCCAUUGACAAGCGUGUAGAGGUCAUCUCCACGCCAGGGUCAUCAUGUACAGACAUAUCUGUCUUGGUGAAGGACACAUACCUUGGGACAGUAGCAGUUGUCGGCGACCAGUUUAGAUGCCGGGAGGACCUAAAAGAUCCCACACUUUGGAGAAGUGACAGUACCAAUCCAGAGCGGCAGGAGGUCAGCAGGGCCAAGAUUCUGGAGAUUGCUGACUAUAUUGUUCCUGGUCGAGGACCAAUGUUUAAAGUCCCUGUAUAA